AUGGCGCGCCGGGAGGGCGGUGGGUGCAAGGGCUACGGCUUCGUGAAGCUGGCCGACAGCGCAGCAGCGGAAAAGGCGUGCAAGGCGAUCCGCCAGAUUGCAGGCGUGCCCGUUGGCGUCCACUUCAAGGUUGGCGGGCAGCCGGGCGAGUCACGCGCAGUAUACCAUCCUGUCCUGCAGUUUUCAUUGGAUCGCAACCCUUCGGCCAGUAUAAACGUGCUUCUGCAGAGCCUGCGGCCCGCUACAGACAAGAAGGCCGUGGUGGCUGCAGCCAUCAAGGCUGUCAAAGACAGAAUGGCAGGAGUGCAUCUGGAUGGUGACGAAGACAAAGACAAAGCCACAGGGGAAAGGCGGUGCGCGACUCUGGCUCUUGAUAUGGCUUCCUAUUUGGACUCAUUUCCAAAAUGUAAGAGUUUGAUGGUCAACAUGAGGGCAUGCCCUGGAUUCGAAAACAAGACGCCCCUGGCUGUCCUGCAUGAAUACGCAAUCAGGUUGGACUAUCAGGGCAAAGCCAAGAAGGAUGCCAAGCAGAUCGCAUCGGCCGCAACCCUAGAAGUAUUGCUCGAAACUGUUGCAGAGGAUCAAUUCAUGCAGCCAGGCAAAGCAAGACAACAACGCAUGAUGCAGGGCACCCAUGGCCGUGGUCGGGGUGGGUACAGCAAUUGGAAUGGUGGUGGUUGGAAUGGUGGUGGCCGCGGUUAUGGAAACGGCUGGAAUGGCCACCGGGGGGGAGCUGGCUACCAAGGCAGAGGUGGGCGGCCAUCUGGUAUGCGCUCCAGCAACUGCGGGGUUAGGGGUGGUCGUGAAGCUGGACGCAAGCGUGACUAUGAGUCAGCAAUGCUGGGCUUGCAGGGGCAAGCAAAUGUAAGCUGCGCCCCCCACAUGAAGACCCCCAAUUUGGCGGGUCUUGUGGGGGGGGGAGCAGCACAAGGGGGACUCCCUCUCAGUCCACUGACGAACCAGGGAAUUGGGGCGGGGACUACUGGGAUGGGAAUGCCGGCUAUGAUGACGGGUAUGACUAUGGGGGGGCCUAUGGGGGGUGGAAUGCAAGGGGAUCCAACCAAUACCAUCGGUGGGGGUCUAGCCAGCGCCAUGGCAGGUGGUCUGGCCAAUACCAUGGUGACUGGGAAUAUCAAUACCAUGGUGGCUGGGACCAAUAUGAUGGGUACCAUGACGAUGGGCAAUCUUCAAGCUGGAACACAAACGGGUGGAGUCAUGGGGGUGGGCAACGGGAGCACCUCCAUUAGCCCAGUCAGCCAUGCAGGGAUGGUCAGUGGUGUGAACGGUACCAAGGACAAAACAAUGGCACUGGGGCGGGGCAUGCCACCCUUGACACCAGGUCCUGAUGCACUUGUGUCCCUUGGAGCCAGCAUGGGUUUGUCUGCAGGCCAGCAGACCAGUGCAGGGCUGUUAAACUGGGGUACAGGCAGCUUAGGCCAUGCUCACAUGGCCCAGCCAAACGGUGCAGGCUUCCUUGGAACUGGCAGUUUUGGACAACAAGCGCAACUGGGGCGAUUUGGCUUUUGA